AUGUUACCGGAGCAAUCCGCUUUUGGUCGGUCUGCAAUGCCUGGUCCCAAUGCUGUCAACCCUGGCCCCUCUCCGUUUGCUCCUCCUAAUUCAUACUCUGGUGACUUUCUGGGACUCUCUCUCCCUGACGAAGAGCAUCUCUGGGGUAUGAGUCCUAUGUCCUCCUCCAUGCCCUCAUGGAACGGAAAGAACGAGCAGAUGUUCUCCAAUCCUAACCUUGAACGCGACCUCAAGCACUCCCAUGUCCGCAAUGGCCAGCCUACUCCACCUCCAUACGGUGACAACAAGACGCACACGGUCGGUGAUCUAUACUCGCUGUCUCAGUGCCAAUUCUCCAACGGAGCACAAAAUUUCCAGACCCAUAACGAUCGUAGAAGCUUCUGUGAGCAGUCAGCCAUAAAUAGCAACGGCGGCAGCUCCAAACGUCGCAAGGGUCGCGACUCCAAGAUGACCCAGGCCGAAUACAACGAACAGCAGCAGGAAAAGGCGAAGCGGGAGAAGUUUCUGGAACGCAACCGAUUGGCCGCCAGCAAAUGCCGGCAGAAGAAGAAAGAGCAUACACAGCUUCUUGAGUCGCGAUAUAGGGAGCAGUCUGACAAGAAGGAGCAACUGGUGUCUGAGAUUGCACGCCUGCGCUCGGAGAUUCUUGGCCUGAAGAACGAAGUCCUGAAGCACGCUCAAUGCGGAGAUGAGCCGAUCAAGCUUCAUCUGGCACAGAUGGUGAAGAAGAUUACCUACAAUGACACAACGGCCCCGGAGUUGACCGACGUACGGGACGCAGCAUCCUCUUCAGAAGGGCCGAUGACCCCUCGACCUCAGCAGGCGCUGUCCUUUGGCUUUGAUGAUCCGCUGCACCUGGAACCCUCUCGUGCCGGCGAGUCGAUGGACCAGUCCGUCCGUCGGGACUCGGAGGCUUCAGUCCUGACGGAGAACUCUUAUGCCUUUUCGACCGACGACAGCUUUGACGAUUUGAUCAAUGUUUGA